AUGAGAAAUAAAGGAACUCGUGAAGUGUUAAGAGUUUUACAAAAGUUUGUAGCAGAACAUAACCCAAGUACUUUAACAUCAGACCAAGACAGUGCAUACCUCAGCAACGAAAUCACAGAAUUUCUCAUUAAGCAUAACAUAACUCACUACACUACUGAAGACCAUAACCAUAACAUACUCGGCAUCAUUAAUCGCUUCAUAAGAACGCUCAGAGAUUUAAAUCAAGAGCGAGACUUUACCGAAGAAACAAUGAAACAUUUUCUCGAAGUAUAUAAUUCCUCAACAAAUUCUACAACAGGACAUACACCAAAUUCAAUGACACAACAACAAGAAGAAAAGUAUAUACAAAAGAAACGAAGCCAAACACAUCUGGGACCAUUAGAGCGGGAGUACUGGAAAGAUAAAAAUAUGCCAGAAAGAAUAAGAAAAUUCUUCUAA